GUAUUCAUUUUGUGAUGAUGAGUCGACUGGAUAGUAGCUAGCUAAAGCAGCCUCUCCACACAGUGCAAAGAAAUAACACACAUUAUAUUAUUUCUCAUAUAAAAAUUCAACGUUCGUUUUAUUUCGUUUUUCAACAUCACUGUGUUUCUACUCCAUAUCCCGAGCUCGUAUAACAUACAAUUCAUACGCCCUGAGUAGUCGCAGCAACAGCAAUAGCAGCAGCAAAAUUUGAGCGGCCAUAUUGGUUUUCAUUUUUAUAUAAAGAGAACUUCUUCAUUUUAAAUAAAUCGACAAAAAGUGAAUAAAAAUCAACACUGAACACCUCACAGUUCUAUUUGAGAAACAAAAUUCAGUUCAAAAUUUCAUCUGAUUUCAUUUGAAUGUGAUUUUUCAGUGAAUUUCCAUAAAAAUUUAACCAAUUUCCAGAUUACCACGAAAAAAAAAUUGAUUUUUCGUCACAUCUGUUCAACUCAAUAUAAGUAGCUGCAAACGCAUUUUUUUUUUGUUUUCAAGCUUCGCCAGCUUCAAACAUUAAAUAAAUAGUGUUUUCGAAAUAAAAGAACAAGUGUUUUGAAAAUUUUACGUGAAUUGGUUAAAAAUCGAAAGAAAAAAACCUUUUUUUCUCGCAAGAACAAAGAAAAUAGGAAUACGGAACGUAAUACAAAUAUUAAUAUUGUGUUCGCGUGUACGAAUGUUAUAACCAAAAGAAGAAAAAUAAUCGAAGCAAAAACAUCCAGGAACAACAAAUAUACAUUGAGCUGUCUAAGUGAAAAAAAAAAAUUGUCGAAAAAACGAAAUUUUUUAUUUUUUUCCAAAGUGAUAUUUUGCUAAGACAAAAUUGAACCUAAACAAACCUGAAAAUCGAUAAAUAGUCUCAUAUUCUAUCGAUUUUUUUCUACUUUCCACAUUUUAUGUGUUCGUUCUGGUAACAUUUCAUCUAAAAAAAACCGUUCUCUUCGUACUCUUUACAUCAAAAAAUAUCAAAGUGAUCCAAGAAAAUAAAUAACAUUUGUGGAAAAAUAUAGUACAAAUUUAUUUUUAAAAAAUCUACAACAGCAACACAUAAUAUAAAAAAAGUAUACAAAUUCCCAAGCAAAACAUGAAGACAUUGUAUUUCUGUGAUGAUAUUUUAACCAAUUCAACUUCAGACAAGCAAAUAAACUAAAAAAAACACGAUAAAAUUGUAACUUCACAACAUAAUAACUACAAAAAAAUAGUAAAACCACGGAAACCAACAAGAUUCUUCAAUUAAAAAAUUCCAAAAAGAAAAAAAAAACGAACAAACGAGUAUUAAACAUAGAGCCAAGCAAAGAAUAAACAACAAAAAAACAUUCACAGAACGCAGCCUUUAAUUCAUCCGUAAAUUCGUGGAAAGCAUAAUUUUAAACGAAAAAAAAAACGAUAUUUAAUCACCGUGUGUUAAAGACGAAAAUCGAAAGAAAAAAACGCUCAGUUUGAGAGAGAGAGAUAAAGCGAUAGACACAAAGCGGAAGCAACACAAAACCGAGAGAGAACAUCUUGCAGCAAAUAGUCAACUCUGUUUGUACACAACUGGAAAUCAUUGCAUUGUUUAUGACAUUAACUAGAACGUGCAGCGUGAAAAGAAUAUUGCGUAAAUCAUGAAACUAGAAGUAAAUUCGGCAGCCGAUUUUCUUAUGAAUUUAUUGCGGCUAAAAAAGGUCGAACCAUUGCCCGAUAACGAUCAAUUGCAAAAUUUCAAAGGGUCAUUGGAAAGUUUGUUAGUGUUACACUAUCGCAGUCAUUGGUAUCCAGAUGUUCCAAUAAAAGGUUCAGGCUACCGUUGCAUUCGAAUCAAUGGCAAAAUCGAUCCAUUGAUUGCACAAGCCGGAAUGGCGGUCGGCAUUUCACCGAAUAACCUGCGAAAAAUGUUGCCAGCUGAACUAACGCUGUGGAUUGAUCCAGAAGAGGUGGCCUAUCGCAUCGGUGAAAAUGGUUCAAUUUGCGUUUUAUACGAUUCGCAGAGCCGUGCAAGUCCAUCAUCUGAUUUAGAUUCAACCGGUUCAAGUGGUGACGAAUUCAUAAUGGAUCGCGUUGGACGUCCAGAUCUAGCCAGUUUCGAACAGCGCCAUUCCACAUCGUUAUCACCAUCGAAUUCACCAACGAAACCAGUACCGAUGCAAGAUAUGGUACCGGAUCCAAGACGCAUGAACUAUGUUCCUCAAAAUCAUCAACUAUCACCCCAAAACUACCAAAUGCAUCCGCAACCACAUCCACAAGCUUUUCAAUACCAUCGACAGGCUAUGAAUGCCAAUCAUAAUCAUCAUCCAUCGACACAACAUCAACAAUAUAUGCAACAAGUACAAUGGGAUGGAUUCGGCAACAAUAACAAGGUGUUGUGCGGAUAAAUUGAUCUUUCAACGAACGAUAUACGGACCAUGUGCGAUUCAGCGAAAUUCAUCAACAACAAAAAAAAAACGUGAUCAACAUAUCCAAAUCGCACUACAAACAACAAUUUCAACAUAUUUUUUUUUCAAAAUCCGCUAAAAAAGGAAGCAAAGAAUAACGAAAGUAAAACCCGAAAAUACAUCGCAUGGAAAAAGUAAUUUGUGACAAAGACUCACAUAGCCGGAGUCGCAGUGGCUGCAGAAGCGGCGACACCAAUAACAACAACAAAAAAAUAGCAAACAUAAUUUUGAGUAUCAAAACAUCUUCAAGGCUACUUGAAUCCAAGUCGAAAGAAAUGUAACUAAUAUUUAAAUAUUUUAUUUAUUAUUUUUAUCUUGUAAAAAAGAAAAAUAAUAGGAAAUGAGAAAUAGGAGAAAAAAAAUGGUAAAAUUUAUUAAAACCGAUGAAAUGUUUAUUUAAAAAAAAAUCCCCAACAACAUUUGAAUGAGUUGGAGAGUAACGUAAAAAAAAAGAGAAAAAACAAAUUGACAAUGGAACAUAUAUAAAAAGAGUAUAUGAUUUAAAAGAACUUAAACAACGCUCGCGUUGGUGCAAUGAUACAAAACAGAAUUUACAAAGAAAUAUAGGAUGUACGGAAUGGGCCGACAGGACUCAAUUAAAUUGUUGAAUUUCAGGCUGAAAUUGAAAAUGAUUCAUUUUAAAUUGUAUGAGGGACGUACUUUCGCAUGUUCAGAUUUAAGAUAAACUAUAAAAACAAACCACAAUUGCACAAAAUGACAAAUUUCUCUUUGGAAUAACACCAAAACGUAUUGAAUAAACUUUAUAGCAGAACAAAGAAACAAAUAUUAUUGGAAAGUAGCCAUUUACAUGUCUUUAGUAUCAUUGCAAAUAAAAAAAACGAACCGGAAACUUUUAAAACCAGAAAUGUAAUACACAAUUUUUAAGCAGAACAAAAAAUAAAUUACCGACAAAAGAAAAUAAUAAAUAACCCAUUGUUUUUUGAAGCCGCUCAGCAUACAACCCAUCACUCUCAUCCCGACCACGAAUUUCAAACACUCGCGCGAUGAUUUUGUUCAAUAUAUUGAAUCCAAUUUCAAUAUAUAUUUGAACAAAGACCCCCAAGUACGUUUGUGACAAUUCAAUUUGAAUUUUUUCACCAAUUAACAAAAAAAACUCAAUCAGAAACAUGCUUCGAUAACGAAAACUACAUCAUACUAUAACAUAAUAAAACAGACGAACAGAAAAAAAUUAAGAAAAUUUGAAAUAGCAAAUCAAAAAAAAUUAUAAUCUAAAGUCGUUACAACAUUUAAAACUAUGAAUAAAACUCAAAUAAGCGAACCAUGUAAAUAGACAAGGAAAAGAUAGCGCAGAAAAUAUUCAAAAAAAAGAAGUUAACCCCGACAGAAAAUCUCUUUUGAUAUAAAACCAUUUAUAUUCUGAAUGAGAUUUCCAUUCCAAACGACGAACCAUCGUUAAUGUUGCGAAUAAAAUAAUUGAUAAAGCACAAUCAUACGAUACAACUUUUCUGUGUGUGUGUGUCCAAAGUAAUUAACUCUCAUAUUGUCGGUCGAUUCUGAUGUCCGCAUCGAGCAUAAUACGGAGUAAAAUUUCUUGAAAAAAAAAAAAUAA